AUGAGCUGGUGGUCAGAGGGAGCUGCUUCUGUUAUGGACACGCCUCAGAGUGAGCUCCAGUACCAGGAGUAGACACCCGGGAGAAUGGCAUGAUCCACGGUCGCUGUGUGUGCAAACAUAAUACAGAGGGCCUGAACUGCGAGCGAUGUCGACAUUUCCACAAUGACCUGCCAUGGAGACCAGCGGAGGCAGAGAACCCACACACCUGCAGAGAGUGCAACUGUAACGGCCACUCAAACCAAUGUCACUUUGACAUGGCGGUGUAUUUGGCCACGGGCAACGUCAGUGGAGGAGUGUGUGACGACUGCCUGCACAAUACCAUGGGACGCAGCUGUGAGAUGUGCAAACCUUUCUACUUCCAAGACCCCAACAGAGAUAUCAGGGACCCACAUGUCUGCAUAGCCUGUGACUGUGACCCAGUUGGAUCACUGGAGGGAGGAGUGUGUGACAGUCACACUGACCUGGACAUGGGAAUGAUCGCAGGACAGUGUCGCUGCAAAGGCAACGUCAAAGGCACGCGCUGUGACGACUGCAAGGAAGGUUAUUACGGACUGAGCCAGAAUGACCCGCUGGGUUGUCAGCCUUGCAACUGUGACCCCCGUGGCAUCAUCAUGAUGGGAGCUCCUUGUGACCAGAUCAGUGGGGACUGCUCCUGCAAAAGAUACGUCACUGGUCGCUACUGCAACCAGUGUCUGCCUGAAUACUGGGGGCUCAGUAACGACCUGGCCGGCUGCAGACCAUGUGACUGUGACUUCGGUGGAGCCUUCAACAACAGGUGUAUGAUGGAGAACGGCCAGUGUGACUGCAGGAGGCAUCUGAUUGGUCGACAGUGUUCAGAGGUUCAGCCUGGGUAUUUCUGUGCUCCGCUGGACUACUACAAAUAUGAGGCUGAAGAUGCCACCGGACACUCUCCCGGUGACUCUGCACUGCCGGGCAAAGUUCGUCCUCAAGCAGAGACUGACUGUGUUCAACACCUCAGCAACCAGCUUAGGAGGCACCGACGUCACCGACGUCUUACCAACUCGCAGCAACAUCGGGCAGCACUGAGACGUAUCCGCCAGCUUCAACAAACACCGGAUGUGAGGACUGUUCAUAGAGAGCACGCUCCCAGCCACAUGGUAAUGUGGACGGGACCUGGUUUUGCUCGUGUCAAAGAUGGUGCCGGCCUGGUGUUCACUAUUGACAACAUCCCAUAUGCCAUGGAGUAUGACAUCAUGAUCCGCUAUGAACCUGAGUCCACAGAGGACUGGGAAGCUAUCGUUAGCAUUACAUCUGUACAGCUGCCGUCCAGUCUUCGGUGUGGAAACCUCCUACCAACUGAACAGCUCUACACAGUGAUUCUGCCACAUCACAACAGAUACAUCCAGAUGCCCAGGCCAUUCUGUUUCGAGCCCAGUAAUCGUUACGUGGUUGCAAUCAGGUUUCAGCGUCAUGGGGUCUCACACAGACAUCUCACUGCCUUCAUUCUCAUUGACUCGCUGGUUCUGAUCCCCAAAUACACUGAGCUUCCUGGUUUCCAAGGUAACGAGCCAGAGGCCGAGCAGCGGCGGGACGAGAUGACUCGAUACAUGUGUCUGGAUUCCUUUAUGAUCACACCAAUGCCCGCCCUGGCUGAGAUGUGCUCCAAACUCAUCUGUAGUAUUUCAUCCAUCAUUCAUGAUGGUGCUCUGCCAUGUCAGUGUGACCCUCAGGGCUCCAUCAGUGGUGAGUGUGAUAGGGUGGGAGGUCAGUGUCGUUGUAAGCCCAAUGUGAUGGGUCGACGAUGUGACCAGUGUGCCCCAGCAACCUACGGCUUUGGAGUCAAUGGCUGCACCGCCUGUGACUGCCACCCAGACGGCUCACUGAGCCACCAGUGUGACCCAGUUACAGGCCAGUGCCAGUGCAGGCAGGGAGCCACUGGGCGUCAGUGCUCAGACUGCCAACCAGGCCAGUGGGGCUUCCCAAGCUGCAGCCCCUGUCAGUGUAACGGCCACGCGGACAUCUGUGACCCCCGCAGCGGGGAGUGCAGAGACUGCAGGGACUAUACAGCAGGACACCUCUGUGAACGCUGUGUGAAUGGGUUCUUUGGAAACCCAGUGCUUGGUUCAGGUGAGCACUGUCGGCCCUGCCCCUGUCCUGGUAACCCUGGCUCAGAUCACUUUAAUGGGCACUCCUGUCAAGCUGACCUCUCCUCCAACCAGAUCAUCUGUAACUGCAAACAAGGCUACACGGGGCCACGCUGUGCCCAGUGUGCCCCUGGUUACUAUGGGAACCCAGAACAAGCCAGUGGGCAGUGCCUCCCGUGCAAUUGCCAUGGCAACAUCGACACCCAGGACCCUGAGUCAUGUGACCCCAGGACAGGCCAAUGCCUCAAGUGCCUGUAUCACACCGACGGCCCGUCCUGUGCCCACUGUCAACAAGGUUACUAUGGCAACGCUUUGGCCCACGACUGCAGACGCUGCACCUGUGUAACUGCUGGUACCAUCCAGUCUGCUUGCAGUGAUGGACAUUGUCACUGUGACCGGCAGACUGGAGCCUGCUCUUGCAGGGAGAAUGUUGCCGGCCAUAACUGUGAUCAGUGUGCUCCUAACUACUGGAACUACGGUCAGGAACGAGGCUGUGAGCCCUGUGGCUGUGACCCACAACACGCCCUGGGCACUCAUUGCAACAUGUUCACAGGCCAGUGCCACUGUCGUCCAGGCUUUGGAGGCAAACAGUGCACUGAGUGUGAGCAGUUCCACUGGGGAGACCCGCAGGUGCAGUGUCAAGAGUGUAACUGCCAUCCUCUGGGCUCAGAGAUGGCCCAGUGCGAUCGAUUAACGGGGGCAUGCGAGUGCAGGGAGGGAGCAGCGGGGAAGCGCUGUGAUGAAUGUGCACGCGGCUUCACUGGCGACUUUCCCAAGUGUGUCCAGUGUCACCCUUGCUUCGAACUGUGGGACGAUACGGUGUGCCAGAUUAAAAGGGACCUGGAACACAUCCAGUAUGUUACACAGAAGAUCCUGGAGAGCGGGAUCACGCCAGGAGUCGGGGACACACGUAUCAAAGAGCUUGAGAGGAAGCUGAAGCAAGUGCAGGAUCUGAUCAGUGCGGAGGACAGUGACAGGAUCCACCAGCUGAUUGGACAGAGCAUCGAUGACCUCAGGGCUGAGAUCGCCAUGACCGACGGGCGUCUGAUGGUCGUCACCAGAGAGCUAAAUACAACAGCAGAAGAAGAUAGGGCACUGAGGCGCACAUUGGGUGACCUAGAGAGAGAGCUGAGGAACGUCAACGCCACUGUGGCUCACAAACGACGCCUACUGGAUGACUACCUCACCUCAGGAUUUGCAGAUCAGUUUGAGAAAGUGAAGAAAUACUAUCGGGAGUCAGUGGAGGCCGAGGAGAAAUGCAACGCAUCAGUGUCCGGGCCUCUCAGUCCUGUGGAACAGUCCAAAGAAACCCGUGCUAUCACUGAGGACCUGCUGGACGCCAGUAAAGACAAGUUCCUCCGCGCUCUGGCUGCUCAGAACAGAUCAUUAAACGAGCUGCAGCAGAAAGCCCACGACCUCGACAAGAAGGUCCAUCACCUCAGUCACAAGGUAUGUGGUGGUCAUGGCAAUGGCAGUGUCAAUGGCAGUUGCCCAGACAGCCAAUGCGGAGGUGCUGGUUGCCGUGACGAUCAGGGCAAUCCUGUAUGUGGAGGAGAGGGAUGCAACGGGACAGUGAGCACCUCUGUAGCAGCACUGAAUCUUGCCAGGAAUGCCACUAACAGAGUGAACGCUGCCGAUGAGGAGCUGCAGAGUGUGGCGAGAAAGCUCCAGGAUAUCGCCUCUCUGACACAGGACGUGAAGAACCAGGCGAUGAACACACUGGAGAAAGCCCAGAAAAAGAAGGACCACUUUGAAAACAACAACAAGAAGCUCAAAGAUUUCAUUAAGAAGAUCAGAAAUUUCCUCACUGAGGAGGGAGCAGAUCCAGAGAGCAUAGAGAAAGUGGCUCGGCAGGUGUUGUCCAUCACCCUGCCGGACAACAUGACUGCUCUGGACAGAAUGGUCAUGCAGAUAAAGACCAGCCUUUCAAACCUCACCAACAUUGAGGGGAUCGUCAACCAAACAUCGCAGCACAUCAGCACAGCCAAGGAGCUGCUCAACAAAGCUAAAGAUGCCAAGAGCCGAGCAGAGGGAGUGAAGGAUACAGCCAAUCGUACCCAGCAGGCACUGGAUGUGUCUGAGAAGGCCAUACAGAAAGCACGAACAGCCCUGAGCGAGGCCAGAGACAACCUGAACAGCACAAGGAAUGCUACAGAUGAGGUGAAUGAGAGGCUAACACAGCUGCAGGAUAAGCAGAUGGAUGUUAUGAUGCGUUUAAACAACCUCUCCAUGGAGGUAGAAGCUCUCAGGAACAAGACAGAGCAGAACAGACAGAUGGCAAAGGACGCCAACGCACUGGCUAACAACGCCACCAACCUAGCAACCUCACUGAAGCAGAGUCUCAACGACACAGAGAACAGGUACCGGGAGCUGCAGAGGAAGGUGGACUCUCUUGGUGGAGAGUCUGGAGAUCUGAACAGCAUCAACCAGAAGGCCAAGGACAUGAAGAAGGAGGCAGAAGACCUCUUAAACAAGGCCAGCAAAGGGAUAGAACAACUCAGGAAACUGGAGAAAAAGUUCAAGAAUAACGAGCAGCGGAUGCAGAAGCAGCGCAUGGAGCUGGACGGGCUGAAGGAAAACGCUACUCUGGUGCGGGAUGAGAUCCGGGAACAAGUGCAGAAGUACAGUAACUGUGUGUGAGGAUGCUACAGUUCCCUGUUUACCAUUUGCUGCUGUAGUUCAGAGCAGAGUUAUGACUGAUGCUGUGACCGGGACAGAAAAACGACAUCAACCAUAAAAACAAAACCCUGCUUGGGCACCUCCAAUCUUUCACUGGUAUAUUAAGUUUUACACAUUACCUGUCAAGUGUUAUAUCACAGAAAUGCCUUCCUCUGUCCAUGUACUGUACCACUUUUUGACACUGUCCUGUAUGGUGUUUAUGUCUCUAAGCUAUUACAUCAAGUGGAUGACCUGUGGAGAGUAUUCGUUUCAUUGUAUAGGCUAUGAUAAUUGAUUACAUGAAUAAUAAACAGAAGAAAUAUAUCAGAAUAUGCUAUCAAAAAAAUUGAUAUUUUGACCAAAAGUGCUCAUAAUAUUUUGUGUGUUUUGCUGUAAUUUGACCACAUGAGUAUGAUAUUUACGAUAUGACAUUCCUAUUAAGAAAUAUGUUUGAUUUUUGAAAUUUAAAGUUGUGUUUAUUUUUAUUACAAAAGAAACUCUUGAUUAAAUUCAUAUAAAUACAUACACAAGUAUUCUUGUAAGCAAAAUUCAUUCUGAGCUGUGAUGAUGGAGACAAAUAAAUUUGAUACUGUUUAUGUAUCACA